AAAGAAAAAUCAUACCGUUCAUAGAUAACAGUAUCAUGCAAUUUUUUGUUUAUCUUUAAAAACCGAAAAAAAAAUGAUGAACGAUAUUCGUUUUGUUCGUUAUGGUGAUCUGAUUUUAUUUGAUGAAAAAUCAUUUCUUUUGAAGUUUAAUAUCAAUUCAAAAGAUGAUGAUGAAUCAUUUCGUUUGAUUCAAACAAAUUCAAAUGAAAAAUUUGAACAAUUACGAAAAAAAUUACGUUUUAAACGUGCUGCAUUAAUAUCGAAAAUUUUUGAUGAUAAUUUUCGUACACCAAAUGUUUAUCUUUUCUAUGAUUAUGAUUCAAACAAUCCAAUCGAUCCAUGGGUAAUUCAAAUUGAUAAUGGAAUAAAAUAUUCAUUCGAUGUAACCAGAACUAUGUUCUGUAAAGGUAACAUUAGUGAAAAACUUCGUUUGGCCAAAUUUGAUUGUCACGAUGAAAUUGUUAUCGAUCUUUUUGCUGGUAUUGGUUAUUUUGCUUUAAUAUUUGCUGUACAUUGUCAUGCUAGGCAUGUUUAUUGUUGUGAAUGGAAUCCAGCUGCAAUUGAAGCAUUACGACGGAAUAUUCGAUUGAAUCAUGUUGAAGAUCGUAUGACUAUUUGUGAAGGUGAUAAUCAUCAUAGUUGUCCACAUGGAAUUGGUCAUCGUAUUCAUAUGGGAUUAAUACCAACCAGUUUAGAAUCAUUGGAAAUUGGUUGUCAAGCAUUAGAUCUUUCCAGUGAUAAAGAUUUAUUCAUGCAUAUACAUGAAAAUCUUAGUUAUUUUGAACAAAUUAAACAACAAUCAAAUGGUGAAAAUAAACCGCAGAUAAUCGAAGAACAACGAAAAAAAUGGGCAACAAAUAUCUGUGAACAAAUAUCAACGAUACUCGAAAAAUUAUCCAAUAUUCAAUUCAAUGUAACAUAUAAUCAAAUUACACGUAUCAAACGUUAUGCACCACAUAUUGAUCAUAUGGUUGUUGAUAUUGUUAUUUCUAUUCGAUUGCAUCGUAUGAAAUUGUUUAUCCAUAAUGUAUGCCAACUGUUCUUGGGGCAAUAA